CGAUGGUAAUUUCCUAUCAUAUGGUGGUUAGGUGGCGGUGUCAUCUAAAGCCACCGAGAACGACCCGUACACACAGGUGGCCGGCCUCUUUGAAUGAUCAUCAGAACGAACCUAAUUUCUACCUUCUUCAAAUCUCAGUCAAUCUGCCAGUCAGUCCACUCGACAGAUUUCACCGCCUUCUGGAAACCACUUUCGAGUGCGCGCCAAGAUUAAGCUGUGUGUGUAUUGAAACACGCCCUGGUAAUAGCAGUCAGUUACCUCUCUCUCUGUCUAUCCAUGCCGAAUCUGAAUGAGAUGAUGGAUACCUCUCGGGCCUAUUGAUACAGUUCUAAUAAAUCAGCUCUAAGGAAAGCCUUUCACCCUGCAACAGACAAGGACUUUCGUUCCAUGAAACAUACGUUUAACUGAUUCAGACCUAAAAAGACAUGGGAUAAUUUGGGCGAGAAGAAGAUCUGAUUGAUUUGCUAGAAGAACGGCAUGCAUGUUGUAUAGCAUUUGUGCGUGCUGAUUGCAUGCAGACGUCACUGCACGCCGCCCUUUCGUCAUGUCGACUCGAUACAAACGUGCAGCCAAUGGCCACUUCAUCUGCAAUUGGACUUGUGCCGCCGAAAAUAGGCCGCUUACGUUCGCACAUAUACACAGCACACGUUUCGACGACGAUCAGGUUGCUUGCUCAACGACUACUCAUAACGCUGGUGAGGGAACACGGUACAAAAGUGAGCAAACUAUAUCUUGGUCCUGGCCUUUGUUACCAGUGGCCAUUUACAAGUGGCUUAAGGAAUUACAACAGUAUAGAGACGAUGAAAAGUUCUCGAUGGUUGACAGCGGCUUUGCUACUUUUGCAAUUGGCAGCAAAUGAGGCCUUCUUGUUUUCGCUCGGUCUCGUAGGACUAGGCGUGGUGGGAUUAGCCAGCCUGAAAGUCUGCUAUGGAAUGAAGAUGUUGAGUCCUAUGUUUCGCAAUGAUGAAACUUAUCAUUUCAUUCAGGCUAAAGUUGGUGAAGGACAGCCAAUGCUCAGUUCAAUUUUUCACGCAAUAGGUCGCUAUAGGACUCCUAAACAAGAGAUUCAGGACGUGGAAAAACAAAUAGUUCCUGUAGAAGAGGUUCAAGAAAACCCCAUGUUACACGUCCCGGCCGUUCAAGUGGAUCCUUACCCAAGUGUUGCAUCGACAAGGUCUUCCACACGGGCUCGUCGGGCUCUUCUAGGCGGUGUGAAGAUCAGCGAAGAUCUCUUUCGCUGGAUAGCAAAGAUUGACGACGAAAAGUGUAUUCACCGCUUCUUCUGCUACCUUGGAGCAAGACCUCGAUCGUUCGGAAACGUGGGCCGUUUAACCGACAUGGUAAUUAUAAUGGAAGGAUUGCCUGAUGACAGCUGGGCAGUGAAAAUGCAUCGUAGCGGCCAACGGGCUGGUUUGAACGCCUGCCCGACUGAAUGCAGCGACCGGCAACUACUGACGAUUGUGUCGAAUCUGGAAAAACACAUUUUCGAGACAAGUACCACUCCGAUCAUUGAUUUUAGCUAAAGGCUCAUUUAUUGUGUACAACGAUACUUUCUUUCGUACCGUAAAAAUAAAGGAUCGAAUUCGAGAAAAGCUUUGCUAAACCUACAUAGUCCUGUCGGUACCUAAGAGAAAGCGAUAUGUUUAGUAAACCGCUUGCGCCGUUAUACAACAUAAUACAACGUAAUCGAACAAUUUAUAAAUUGCUUCUGGACAAUUUGUUCUCAUAUGUAGGAGGAGGUGCGCGUGUGCAAAGGCCUCUAUAAUAUAAGGCAAUGUUUAAUAGCAGCGGUUAUGCAUAAAGUAUUACAACAAAUUUAUAUGGUGCGAUUGUCGCAUAGAGUAAAUAUCUGAAAA